ACCUAAGCUGCUCCCCAUAGAACUAUAUCCAGGAAAACUUUGUUAGAAUGCAAACUUAUCUACAGAAUAUUUGGCCCUAUUGAGCAUGGUAGUUGUCAUCCUUGACAAUUAUUGACUUUUAAAUAGUCCCACUCAAACGAUAACAUUAUUCAUCGAAUAGGUAAUGGCGCAUAUGAAACUAAAGUGUGAUGGUCUGUCGCUACUUUUGAAAGUUCAAAAGUCAUACCACAAUAGAUCAAUAGUUUUCAAACUGUGUUGUAUAACCAUGAUUGGUAAUUGACAGAAAUGGUGACUUAAAACUUGAGCUUAUGACAAACCAGUCAUUCUCCUCGAUCCAUUUUCCCGAACCUCACUCCUACACUAAGUUAGGUUCAAACAUAAUACAAUGAUAAACCAAUCUCCUUCCAUUAGUGGAAAUUUGCCCACCUCCCAUGAUUAUAUAGUCGGGGAAAAAAUGAAAGAACUUUAUAAUCAAAGGUUAAUAUCUUUAAUAUUGGUUUCAGAGUAGAUUUGAUACUUUUGGGUCAUUCAAUUUGAGCAACAAUAACACGGUGUGGUUACUAAAACAAUAAUACAGAAGAUCAAAAUGAAGAGAUGGGCUGACGACUAACGAUUCGAAGUAUACAACACGAAUAAAUUGUUACGAAAUGGUAUUAGAUUGAUCGAUGAUAAUAUAACGAUUCAACCGACGAACCGGUGGUUACAUAAGAGGCAGGGGUGUCCACCAACUACAACAAACUAAAAGAGAGAGAGAGAACAGUAAAAAAAUUAAAGGAGCUAGAGGGAUCGCAAAUGGAGAGGAGCGGGGGGAGGAGCGUUGCUAUUGCUAUUGCUAUUGCUAUUGCAUUCACGAUGGAGGAGAAAGCAGAGAGGCCAUCAUUAUUGGAAAGCAGCGGGGCCAAAUUGAGGGCCGAGACAGAGUCGCUUCACCAGGGCGCGCCAAAGGCAAAGGUCGGCAGAUAUGGCCGCCAGUGGGCGCUCCCUCUCAGCCUAGCUUAGCUUCUUCACUAAAAUCCACACUUUUCCUCUCCUCUCCCUACCCUAAUGACUGGCUCACAAAAAGCUGAUUGUGGCGCGCGCAGUAAUAAAAACAAAUCGCAAAGCUACAAAAAAAAAAAAAAAGGUUGCAAUCCAAAUCCUCCUUUCCUCCCCUCACAUGCCCUGACCCAUUCGCCAGAGAGAAUGAAGUGAUGAACUGAUA